AUGGAGUGGGGCGGGGGGUGGCUCAGCGAGUCCCUUCUGCUGGGCCGCUUCCUUCUGACUGCGAUGGCGUCGCGUCCGCCAGGCCCGGCUCAUCACCGUGGCCGCCCCCGGCCGCUCCGGUUUCGCCCGCCUCCAGCUCCGGCUCCGGCUCCAGCUCCGGCCCUGGCCCCCCCAGCGCCUGGCCCCGGCCCGGCCCCGCUGCCGCCGCCGCCGCCGCCGCCGCUGACAUCAUCGGCUCCCCCCCGCCCCGGUCCUACCCCCACCCCCACCCCCGGAAACAGUCCCCCCCCAGCGCCGCCGCCGCCGCCGAGAGGAGGCCGGCGCAGCGCAGCCGACACCGACACAAAGCUCCGAGCGCCCGACGGCCUUCCCCAGGACUGAUCCCCGCGGCAGGACACUGCGCCGCGCUGGGCCACUGGGCGGGUGGACACCGAGCGGGGCGCAGGCCGGGCUGCAGCAUCGUGGCAGGGGCGCACGACCACUGACCCCCAGGGAAAGGGCUCCCUCCGCCCUUCCUCCUGCACGCCCUUCACUCAGCGGUGCACACUUUCUGAAAGCAUAACACACAGGCUCUCAGGGUGCGGACAUGACAUGGCAGACUCAUAAUCAGGCCCAGUGGGACUCACAGACCCAGGGUCGGCACACUCAAAGAGGGUCAGCCCUGGACACACACACACACACCCUCUCCAGGAAUGCGCAGGAAAGCUCAGCAGGCCGCGGAAAAGGAAGGCCCUGGCCCUGCACACGGGGCACACAUGAACGACCACCAGCGCAAAUGAACACACGAAGCUGGCUGGGUACUUUGUCCCCACCAGCAGAUAGAUCCACAACUAUAGACUUGAACAUAAAUGCAGAGGCCUUGGUGUGGGCCUCUGGGGACAGCAUCAACAAAACACCAGGUGGAAGCACACACAGAAAAAAACACAUUCCUGAAACUCCACAGGGACAAUCCCAAGAACUCCUCCCUGGUGCUGGAAAAUUAAAAACUAAGGAGAUGGAGGAGCCAGGCUUCAGAGCUCCUUGCCUUAAAACCUCUCUAAGGCUGGGCGCAGUGGCUCACGCCUGUAAUCCCAGCACUUUGGGGGGCCGAGGUGGGCGGAUCACAAGGUCAGGAGAUCGAGACUAUCCUGGCUAACACGGUUAAACCCCGUCUCUACUAAAAAUACAAAAAAAUUAGCCGGGCGUGGUGGCGGGCGCCUGUAGUCCCAGCUACUUGGGAGGCUGAGGCAGGAGAAUGGCGUGAACCUGGGAGGCGGAGCUUGCAGUAAGCCGAGAUCUCGCCACUGCACUCCAGCCUGGACGACAGAGAGACACUCCGUCUGAAAAAAAAAAAAAAAACAAAAACCUCUCUGAAACAACGCAAGAUAUAAAUAAACAAAUUAAUGUAAAGCCACAGAGCUAGCCAUAAAAAGAAUAAAAGAAUCAGACAAACUUUGGAGUCAUGGAGACAUAAAUGGAAAAG